AUGGCGCCCUUACUGACGACGCUCGCCCGCCGCUGCGUCACGCAGGCCCGUCACCGCUACACAGGGACAGCCACACACCGACUACGGCUGUCUUCACCGCUGGGUCUGAGUCUGAGGCGGUACACCACGGCAAGAGAAGACCUGUAUCCCGCCGGCGCAUCCACGGCCGAGUUCCAGCUCGAGUUCAAGAAAGCCUACAAGACGCGCCACAAGGAGCGCCACCAGCACGAGCGGGAGCCGAACACGGCCACCGACGGGCCGCAGUCGGAAUGGAUCAUCACCGCCGGGCUCGAGAUCCACGCCCAGCUCAACACGGGGCGCAAGCUCUUCUCCAAUGCCCGCACAACGCACACCGCCCCGCCAAACACACACAUCGCCCCGCUCGACGCAUCCCUCCCGGGGUCUCUCCCCAUCUUCAAUCCCGCCGUCCUCCUGCCCGCCCUCCGUGCCGCGGUCGCGCUCAACUGCACGGUGCCCCCCGAGUCCCGCUUCGACCGAAAGCACUACUUCUACUGGGACCAGCCCGCCGGCUACCAGCUCACGCAGUUCCACGCGCCGCUGGCCACCGACGGCCACCUCCUCCUCUUCCCGCACGACGGCGUCACACACACACACAGCGGCAACGGCAACAGCGUCCGCAUCGACAUACAGCAGAUCCAGCUCGAGCAGGACACAGGCAAGACGCUGGCCAGCCCGCCAAACAGCUUGGUCGACCUGAACCGCGUGGGCUCCCCGCUCGUCGAGAUCAUCACCCGCCCGUUCGACUGCCCCGACGCCGCAUUCCCCGCCCUCGUCAUGCGCAAGAUCCAGAGCGCGCUGAAAGCAGUCGACGCCUGCACAAUCGGCAUGGAGUGGGGCGGCCUCCGCGCCGACGUCAACGUCAGCGUCCGCCGCCGCUCCACCACCGACGAGGACGACUGGGGUGGCCCCCCGCGCUACGGCCAGCGCUGCGAGAUCAAGAACGUCGCCAGCCUCAAAGCCGUGCAGGAGGCCGUCGAGAGCGAGGCGCGCCGCCAGAUCGCCCUCCUGGAGGCCGGCGAAACGGUCCAGGGCGAGACCCGCGGCUGGGACGCCGACAAGGGCGUUACCCGCCGCCUCCGCGGCAAGGAGGGCGAGGUGGACUACCGCUUCAUGCCCGACCCGGACCUGCCCCCCGUGCAUGUGGGCAAGGCGCUGCUCGACAAGGUGAAGCAGACGAUCCCGCUGCUGCCGGACCAGCUGCUGGCGCAGCUGACCGGUGCGCCGCAUCAUCUGAAGGAGAAGGACGCCAAGACGCUGAUGCUGUGGGACGAGUAUCGCGCGUCGGCGAGGGAGGCGGGGGUGGUGUACUACUACAAGGACGCGGUGCGGCGGCUGCUGGAUAUGGUGGUGAGGGAGGCGUAUGGCAAGGCGGAGAUCAACAUGUGGAAUAAGGCGUAUUGGCGGACCAUGGUGGAGAGGGAGCGGGAGAGGAUGGGGCUGCAGGAGGAGUUUGGCGCCGUCGUGGGGAACUGGGUGGUGCAUGAGCUGGGGGGCGGCCUGGCGAAGGAGGGGAUUGCGUGGAGGGAGAAUCCGGUGUCGAGUAAGCAGCUGGCGGAGCUGGUGCUGUUUGUGGUUAUGAGGGAAAUAACGGGCGCAACGGCCAAAACGCUCCUAACACGCCUCAUCACCGCCCCCUCGCCCGACCCAAACUUCAUCCGCACCACCGUCGCCGCGGAGGGCCUCGCCGUCGUCGCCGUCCCCGAGGACCAGAUCCUCGACAUCGCCGAGGACGUCAUGCUGCCCGAGAGCGACGUGCUCGAGGAGCUGCGCGGCGGGAGGGCCAUCCCGAAGAGGCAGAAGAGACUCAAGAGCUGGUUUGUGGGGAGGAUUAUGGCAAGGUUGGGCGGGAGGGUGGAUCCUGGGGUGGUGGCGCGGCGGUGGAGAGGGUGGUGGGGGAGGGGAAGAGGGUGA